AUGGGAUCGCCUGCUCUGGAAUCCUGUGUGAUGCCUGUGAAAACUGCAGACGGAACGCCGAUGCAGAUUUAUGGUAAAUUCUCGACCGACUUCUCCGUCAGAGAUCGAGUUACAGGGAAGAUGGUUCAUGGAAAGGGCACAUGCUACGUCACCGAAGGCUCGAAUCUACUAGGACUGGAAUGGUGCAUCCAGCUGCCGGCAUACAAAAAGCUGAAGGACAAGUACCACUGCAGAAAGGUGACUAGCGAAGAGGAAAUCCGAGCCGAAGUGGUUGCCGACUUGAAGAAGAAGUAUGGAGAAGUCUUCAGUAGCGACCUCGGAAAGUGCACGAAGAGUAAAGCAAAAUUAGUCUUGAAGAGCGAUGCUGUUCCGGUCUUCAAGAAGAAGCGACCGGUGCCUUACGCGUCAGCACCGGAACUGGAAGCCGAAAUCGAUCGCUUGGUAGCCGAAGGAGUCAUUUCUCCGGUCGAACACUCAGAGUGGGCCGCGCCAGUGGUCGCCGUCAAGAAGAAAAAUGGCAAAAUUCGUCUAUGUGCCGACUUCUCGACAGGAUUGAAUGAUGCUUUGCAGCUGCAUCAGCACCCAUUGCCCACGGCGGAGGAGAAGCAUCGAGAGAGAUGCUAA